AUGGACAUAUCCGAAGUCUUCGCCCGUCACGCAGACGACCUCGAGUCCAUCAAUGUUGACGACAUUCUCUACCACUUGUGGGACCACGACAUUCUGACAGAUAAAGAGUACUUUGCUACUAAGGACAUCGAAUCCCCUGCCGAAAGGUGGCCGUGCCUGAAGGAUUUCCUCCAUCGUGGAGGAGACAAGGCCUUCAGCAGUUUCUUGGAAUGUCUGCGAAAACGAGGUCACAAAAGCCUCGCGGACCAAAUGCGCACAGUAAGAGCCGAGCCAGUGAAUUCCCCGGGAGACAUCUUCAAUUCGAACUUGGACCUCCUCCUGAGCCGCGUGGACGUCGACAGAGUGUCCGUCCACCUGUUCCGGUCGGGGGUACUGACCUCGGAAGAUCUGAAUGAGGUCAUGUCUCCGCGGAAAAAGGGGAAUCGGAGGAUCAUCCUUCUCAUGAAGCUGCCGGCUAAGAUCGACUCAAAGAGUUUUGGGAAGUUCCUCGAUGCACUUAAAGCGGCAGGACAGGAGGACAUAUUUACAAAACUUCAAUCGCAAUGGGGAGCCACUGACGAAGCCGAGUCUAACCGUGCAAAUAUCCUCCUGAGCAAGAUGCCCUCCGACAACGAUAUUUGGGACCUGGCGGGAAAUCUGCAAAAAACCUGGGAGAAAUGGAAGGAGCUCGGGAGAGAACUAGGACUCGACGAGGACGCCCUCGGAAGGGUCCAGCGAGCGAGCGAGAGUCCUCCGAGGAGCCCGCUGAGGAGGAUGUACCUCCUCCUCAGCGAGUGGAGAAGGACCGAGGCCCGGCAUCCCUCCUUCGGAGCGCUCCGCGAGGCUCUGCGCCAGAUGGGCAUGGAGCAGGAGGCAGACAAAAUCGUCGACUUUAUUUGCAGGAAGAACUGCGACGAAACUCGCAGGGAAUUCUGGAAACGGAACGCGCGAAAUUCGGAACCAACUGAUGGCGCCACCAAGAAAGAAACUACCGAAGGAUUCGGACAUAGCGAGAAGGAAUCGGGGAGAGAAACUCGUCACGGAGCAAAGCCCGAGGAUCGAAGUGGACCCUCUCGGUCGUCCUCGGAGUGUUCGAGCUGCGCUGCCCACUCAAACCCCGCUGCCGCCAGGCGAUUAACACUCUGCAUCGUGGGAAUGACAGGGGCAGGGAAGUCCUCACUCGGGAACGUUCUCUUGGGUUUCAACCACGACGACGAUGUGAACGGAUUUGGCACGGGUGCAAGCUGUGGCCGCAGCGUCAAGGUGAGGGAUGGCUUCUGGCUCGGUGACACGACCAAGCCCAUCCGCGUCAUCGACGCGCUCGGAGAGACACCCAUGGGGAAAGAAGCUGUCAUCCAACAAAUUAAGAUGAUCGUUGAGUUCCUUCGAGGGGAAACCGCAGUGGACGCCAUCCUUUGGGUGAAAAAUUCCGAGGUGCUGCGACAUCGCGAUGAGGAAGAUGAGCUGAUAUGUCUCCUCAGGCUUAUUUUUGGAAAAUCCUUCGUCUUCAAUGUGGCUCUUGUCUUCAGCCGGUGGUGCUUCAGUGCGGACGCAGAACGCAGACGCUCCAGAAUUUAUGGAUCUUCGUUCUUGGAAAGGGUCAAACUGGACUGUCUUGAAUACCUAUUCUGGCACGGUGAUUCUAGGAACCAGGACCUGCAACUACCACCCAUGGUCGCCAUUGACGCAUUGCACUGCAGAGAGGACCCUAAAGAGGAAGCUGCGUUUCGAGCUCAAAGUCAGCGACAGAUUGCGGAAGAUCUCGGCAUUUCUCGUGGAUCUGUGCCCAAUAUCAUCGCGAAGUUCACCGAGCAGAAAGUCACUGCUGUGGCAAAGCGACCUGGGGCCUAUUUCUCGAAGCUUACAAGUUUACAAUUCACAAGUCUACAGGAGAAAAUGGCACCCACGGAAAGCACGUUGGCUGUGCUCAUCCUCAUUCGUGAGAAGAAAAAUGUUCUGUUCGGUGCGUUUUGCGAAAAUAUCACCAAGAAAGACAAGGAGAAUGCCUGGAGCAUGGUGGCUGAUAAGGCGCGCGCCCUGGGGAUGAUUGCAGGGACGAAGACGUGGAAAUACAUGCGGGAUGUAUGGUGGUGCAACAAAAGGAAGGCAACGAUGGGAAAACUCGAUAACAUGAAGAAAACCGGAUCAGGAGGAGGAAAGGGUUCGAAGAUGAGUGAAGUGGACGAGGUGCUGCUGGAUAUCAUGGGAAAAGAAUCUCCUGCGGUUCAAGGAUUGCUAGUAACAGAAACUUGGGUAGAACAUGAAGCUUUGGUUCUGCGGAAACGGAAGGCAACAGCAUCAUCAGAACCUCCUUUGGCCGUUAACAAGGAGGAAGAACUGAGCAACAUCACAGAAGUCAAAGCAAGACUUCAAAUUGAAUACCUGAGGUUGAAAAAUCACAAACUCAAGUUAGAGAUCUUGGAGAUGGAACGUCGCCUUCGUUUACCUGCCUCUGAGUUCACCCAGGGCAUGCAAGGAGGAGAUACCAGCCACAGCGAUUCCAUCGUACAUGACAAUACCAUUGUCAAUUGCAGAAGUCUGUCUAGCGAUUCCGGCUGGACGUCACUCGUCCAUUUGGAGCCUGUCAGUGACUUUUUGAAUAAUGAAUGA